AUGGAGUUCUUACUUGGAGGUGCCUCUUCGAUGUGUGCCGUGCUGUUCACAAACCCUUUGGACGUUCUUAAAACACGCCAACAGCUCGAAGGUGAGCUAAUAGCGAAGCAAAAUCUCAAGCAACGUUCCUACAAAGGCAUCCGCCAGUCCGUCCUCACCGUGAUCCGCACGGACGGUUUUAGAGGGCUUCAAAAAGGACUUCCAGCAGCUCUGCUCUUCCAGUUCUCCAUGAACAGUGUGCGGCUGGGGACGUACCAAACGGUGGAUAAUCUCGGUUGGACGAAGAGCACCAAACAUCCCUCUCUAACGCCCCUGUAUUCAAUAUUCUGGGGUGGAUGUGCUGGGCUCGUGAGCGCUACCGCGUCCUGUCCAUUCUACGUGGUGAAGACACAGUUGCAGGCCGUCACUUCGGGAUCUUACACGGCACGCUUUCAGCAUCAUCACAGUGGAACUUUGACGGCUUUUUCGAACAUCUACAAGCAAAGUGGGAUUCGCGGACUGUUCCGCGGGUAUCCUGCCUCCGUAGCUCGACUCGUGGUCGGAUCAGCUGCUGAAAUGGCUUCGUUUAGCGUGUGCAAAUCGCUCUUGCUGCGCUACGAAGUGUUCCAGGAGUCUAUUCUACUAACCGCACUGGCUAGCAGUACUGUGGCGGGAUUUUUCACCAGUGUGCUAAUGUCACCGUGCGAUGUCGUGACGACGCGUAUGACCAAUCAAGCCGUAUCAGCCAACGGGAAGGGCUUACUGUACACCAACAUCUUCGAUUGCUUUCUGAAGAUCUACCGAUCGGAAGGCAUCCACGGUUACUACAAGGGAUUCGUGCCAAUGUACCUACGGGUGGCUCCACACACGAUGCUCAACCUUACCUUCUGGGAGUUCUUCAAGGGUCUCUACGAACGCUAUGGGCGGUAG